AUGGCCAACACCACAGUGCUGAACACCUCAGAAGUCGCCGUCUCGGCAGGGUUGAUCCUGGCGGCUGUCGUGGAGGCAGCAGCACUGCUGGGCAACGGCGCGCUGCUGGUCGUGGUGCUGCGCACCCCAGGACUGCGUGACACGCUCUACCUGGUGCACCUGUGCGUCGUGGACCUGCUGGCGGCCGCCUCCAUCAUGCCGCUGGGCCUGCUGGCCGCGCCACCGCUGGGGCUGGGCCGCGUGCGCCUGGGCCCCGCGCCGUGCCGCGCCGCGCGCUUCCUCUCGGCGGCGCUGCUCCCCGCCUGCACGCUCGGGGUGGCCGCGCUCGGUCUGGCGCGCUACCGCCUCAUAGUGCACCCGCUGCGGCCGGGCGCACGGCCUCCGCCGGGCCUGGUGCUCACGGCCGUGUGGGCCGCCGCGGGGCUGCUGGGCGCGCUCUCCCUGCUCGGGCCGCCGCCCGCGCCACCCCCGGCUCCACCGCGCUGCUCCGUCCUGGCCGGUGGCCUCGGGCCCUUCCGGCCGCUCUGGGCGCUGCUGGCCUUCGCGCUACCGGCCCUCCUGCUGCUCGGCGCCUACGGCGGCAUCUUCCUCGUGGCCCGCCGUGCGGCCCUGCGGCCCCCGCGGCCCGCGCGCGGCCCCCGGCCGCGCUCCGACUCUCUGGAUAGCCGCCUCUCCAUCUUGCCACCCCUCCGGCCUCGCCUGCCUGGGGGCAAAGCAGCCCUGGCCCCAGCCCUGGCCGUGGGCCAGUUCGCAGCCUGCUGGCUGCCCUAUGGCUGUGCGUGCCUGGCGCCCGCUGAGCAAGCCGCAGUGGCUGAGGCGCCCGUCACCUGGGUGGCCUACUCGGCCUUCGCGGUUCACCCCUUCCUGUAUGGACUGCUACAGCGCCCCGUACGCCGGGCACUGGGCCGCCUUGCCCGCCGGGCUCUGCCCCAGCCCCCGCGGACCUGUACUCUCCGGGCCUGGCACCUGCCAACAUUUCUGCAGCACCUCCAGGGACCUUCAUUGCGCCCUGCCCUAGGCCCUCCUGGGGCACCAGAACAAGCCCCAGAUUUGCCAGAAGGGGAGAACCUGAGCAUGACAGGGGCCACCUGA